UUAGUCCUUACUGUCAACGCCAAAAUAAAACGAGUUAAAACUUUUACUAAUCGGACACAUCACUAGAAACACAUGGCAGCGAGGAAACGCGGCUGUGCGGAGAGUCAUUCAUUUUCUGCGGGCUGUGAUGGUUGUUGGGACUCGGCUCUGUCUGCGUAGCACAGGAGGCUGUUUCUCUGUCUUUCCUGGGGUCGCUCAGGGAGAGCCAGCGGGCUGUAACAGUUUAGCCGACUUGCUAGCUAACGUCAAGUUGUAAGAAAGUGGAGAAGACGGCGGCUAAACGGGAGCUUAUCCGCCUAUACAGACCUAUGCGACGGAUAGCAGGUGAGUGAUGGAGAUGAGAGAGUUGACCGUGGUAGCUGGCAGCUUCGUGGGUUUCCAGCUUCUUUUCUCUGUGGCCAGUCCUCUGCUCUCCUCAGCUACCACACCGGGUUAUGGACGGCUGCCUCCCACCAAGCUCACCGAGUGGAACUCCAGGUUGGUGUCGACUGUGCACGCCCUGAUCGUAGGUUUGUUCUGUUUGUACAUCCUGUGGUUCGAUGAUGCGGUCAACGCCAACCCCGUCUGGGGUGACCCCGGUCUCGUCAAAUUAAAUGUAGCCAUAACCUGUGGUUACCUACUUUAUGACCUUGUGCUGCUCGCCUGUAACUGGAGCACUAUGGGUGACAGCUUUUUUGUCUGUCACCACUUGGCGGCGCUGUAUGCAUAUGGAUAUGUUCUGACACGUGGCGUGCUUCCCUACUUUGCCAACUUUCGUCUCAUCUCAGAGUUAUCCACACCGUUUGUGAACCAAAGGUGGUUCUUUGAGGCAUUAAAGUACCCCCGCUCACACCGGAUGGUGGUGUUAAACGGUGUUGCCAUGGCGGUGGUCUUCUUCCUGGUGCGCAUUGCUGUCAUGCCAUCGUACUGGGCCAGCGUUUUCGCCACCUUUGGCACUCCAGACUUUGAGCGGCUGGGCUUGGGCGCCCAGGUGGCCUGGAUCUCCUCCUGUAUCGCCCUGGAUAUCUUGAACACUAUCUGGAUGUAUAAGAUCACCCGUGGCUGCUACAAGGUCAUAACCGGGAGGGGAGGACGAAAGGUUAAGGAAGUAGCAGAGGCAUCGUCUUCCUCAGACAAGACGAAGCAUGUCAACAACCACACAGACUAAAGACAUGUAGAGCAGAGAACACUGGGACGAAGGACAUAAGCAGGGAGGGAGGCUGGACAUCCAGGAACCUCACAGCCUCUCUCUUUUUGCUGAAGCCUCUGUGUCCCUCCCUCCCCCCACCCACCAAUCCCCAACCUCAGCUCUUGAUCUCCUUGAAGUUGGCUAGUGGACGGGCAAUGAGUCCUCAGGUCCACACCCUGACACGAGACAAGGGGACUGCUCUUUGACUCGCUCAAGAACCAGCCUUUGCAGCCUCACUGUUGUUCACUGACAGAUUAGUAUCCUGCUGGGUGAUAGCUUUUGGUUGCAGAUAACAAGGUAGAGCUCACAAGCACACUUUUAACUCCAUCUGUCACUCGCCUCUAUCGUCGCCACCACCACCAUCCUUCUGUCAUCCCCAACCCGUCUCCCCCCUCAGCUUCCUCUCACUCUCAACUUCAGCCAAAGCCCAAUCCUCUGAAGUGCCUGUGAAAGACAGGAAAGCAAUAAUUGUGGAGUAACAAGAUCACAAAGUCUAACAGAGCUUAGCCCCUUCAGUAGACAACCAUCCCUCGCACGCUAUCGCUCCUGAAUGACUGAAGGCUCCUUCUGCUGCCCCUUUCAUACUCCGUCCACAUUUGAGGAGACAUGGCCUACAGAGUAAAGUCUCACAUCCGAUCCAUACAGCGUUUGUGAAUCUAUAGGGCUCUUGUCUUAAACUCAUCAGACCUCACAAAAGGACAGACAGACAGACAGAGAGAAUACCACCAUAAUGCCUCUUCUAUAGUAUCACCUGCUGUGGCCUCCUUGUAACAAGUGGCGCCUGCCUAUAUCACCAGCCAUGCCCCUCCAACCUCUUUAUGAUUUGGACUACAAUUCAGAAAACACUCUAACCUAAGAAUAUGCAUGCAGGAGAGAGAAAGACACACGGAUGAGAGACUCUCCAACAUCUUCUAGCUUCUCACAGGACGAUUUAGCCUUUUCAGUAUUCAUCGUACUGGCGUCACUGUGUUAUACUCCGCUCUCCUCGUGUACGGCCGCCAGUCUGGAGCUCUCUUUGUUUUCUUAUUUUACACAGCCUCAAGCCCUCAGCAGUCACGAUAACAUGUCUAACUCAUAUUACAUUUAUCACAACCCGCUGCCUCACUGGAUAGGGCUCCACUAUCCAGCCUGAACUUUUGGUUUUGUUCUACCUCUCCCCCUGCCUUACAAUGACUUCGUCAAUCCCUUCGUCACAAGUUAAUUAAUCAAUCUGAUGUUGUUGUUUUGUUUUGGUUUUUUUUUCUUUUUACUGUGAAGAGUGAUUUUAGCCUUUAAAAUGGUAUCGUUUGUGAUAUCACUGGUUCAGAGGGCCUGAGAGAGCUUUUCUCUGCCCUUCUCUCUCUCUGCUAACCGUCUCUAAAGCUUCUCCCAGCCAACGCAGGGAAACAAAGUGGCAUCACUUUUCUUGCAAAACUGUGUCUAGUGUAUCUUUCUAGAGAAACACCCAUGGGAGGCUUUUACACUCCCAUUUACUCUGUUCUCAGUGACUCUGAGAACCUAAUUGAGGAAGGCAGGUGGAUGUGCGUGUGUGUAAACUUUUUCCCUCUACCUUCUUCAUUUUUGCAAAUGCAUAGCCUAGCGUGCAAACUACACAUACAAAUGUCACGGUAUAUGGUGCCCUUCUAAAACACAGACAUGGUGCUCUUCUUUUUUUUUUUUUUUGCAGAAUUUCAGCGAUAGAAAUGCUAGCAAUAUGAUAUUUUUCAAAAAGUAGACAACAGCACAGACUGGUUCAAUAUGCUGUUGCUGUUAAAUGCAAUGUGGCAAUCUGCAUGUUUUGUUUUUCUGUAGAGUAAGUCAUCAGUAUAGAGCAUGGUAAGAUUCUGUGAUGCCUUAGUGAAUAGUCAACAUAGAUGAAUAACAUCUAAAUAUUAAUUGCAUUAAUCUAAUGCAGAAAGGGGGUCUGUCUUCCAAAACAGUUAAUGUUUUUGCCUCUCAGAGCAUACUGAAAGCAUGUAUUUUUGAUUCCCUUCUCUACCUGCAUGUCUGUAUAUACACAUGCAGGUACCUUCUGCGUAUGCUAACCCACUAAUUGUCACCACAUUCUCUGUAUGCCAGUUGGCAUUGCUUGGUUCUACAAAUUCAUUACAGUCUUGUUGUUGUACUCUUGUCAGCAGACACUAAUAACUUCAUAGCUGAUGUCAUGACAGACAGAAAUACAAGAGGGUGUUUCAGAUUUGCCACACAACUAGAAAUAGAUGAUAGGGAUGGAAAUCUACAAAGGAUAAGUUUGUACUCUGCUUGCACGUUUACUCCUGUUUCCUUCUUGCUCAAGUCUUUGUCUCUCUACUAGGAUGGGUAGUUAUAAUAGUCUGAGAAUGUCUGUGUUUUCACUGUGGAACUAAAAAGCACACUCCCUGCGGAGCAAUAACUCAGUGAUCUCCUGUAUUUCUGUCUGUCACCGCAGAGGAGGGGCUACAGUAUCUGGUGCCUUUACACUAACGGUGGAUGUGACACAGUCAGAUUUGGAUUAGCAUGACCUUUUUAAUGUAAUAUCCAGUGAUUCGAUUUUCAUUAUUAACUCCUCUGUACUCCAUAUGUAUACUCUAUGUAUAUAUUUUUAUAAUCUGCCUGCACAAUGAUUAAUCCGGCCAAGUAUUAUAAUCCAAAGCUGAUCCCUCUCGGGGAGCCUGUUUUGUGUUGAUUUGUUGCUUUCUUGAAUACAGGGGUAUGUCUCUAUGAAUGUUGUCAUGAGUUAUUUAGUGGCAUUAAAAUGAGCUUACAGUAUCCAAGGUGAUGAGAAUGAAAAUCAAAAUAUAUUUUUUUGACAUAAGCUCUUUAAGAUAUACAGAUAAUUAAUGGGUAGGCUAACAUCUCAUUUCUCCAGCCUCCUAAACUCAAAGCUGUGAAUAGUUGUAGAAUAAAACUGUAAUAUCGUUCAGUCAAGGAACUAGAAGAAUCUGACUAAAGUGUGGGAGAUAUCUUGAGACUGGCUGACCAGUGAUGUUGGAUGUCUUUGAGUUUAGACUGAGACUGCUCUGUGGUGCAGGUCUCAUGCACAAAGUUAAAACUAAAGUACGUUGUCUACUUGGUUGUCUACAGACUGGAAAAACUGUUGAACUGGGAGUUUUUGUACUUGUCAGGGUUUUCUACAGACUAUAUUUCAAGCCCUCAUAUUUGUGCUGUAUCUCACAAUCUGGGGCUGUUUGAGAAUUGACAGAAUGAAUAAAUAAUUUGAUAAGGCUGCUAUUGUAAGGCCAUGAUCUGUAUUCUGUACUAAGUAUUGUAUCAGGUUAGAACAACCACAUUGCCUUUUGUUUCUUUGGGGAGGCCAACAUUCAUUAUAUUCUAUAAUGAAUAUAUAUAUAUAUCAAAAAUGUCCUGUUCUGUGAUCAAAUAUUGCUACCAGAUGCACACUGUGCUAAGGAAACCACUUCAUUUGGAUGACAGGAUGUCACUUCUCUCUGAGGUACAUUAUGACAAAGCUGCGUCAGAAUUCGGUACUGAAAUGGUAAACUCUGCAGGUCUUCUCAAGGUUACACGUGGUAUUUAGGCAAGUAUUAUUUUUGCCCCAUUUUUGUUUGUUUUUAAGUCUUUGAUUUCUCCAUGGACUGAUCCUAGGUGAACAAUAAAAUAGGAUGGAAUGAAUUUCAGUGUCACAAAGAUGACAACAUUUGUAUAACAGUUAAGAAUGACAAACUGAUAAUCAAAUGACUUACCAGUUGAUUUUUUUUUUUUCUUUGAAUGACUUGCCAGUGUGGCUUAUUUUCCUUCCCUUUUUAUUUUGUCUUUUAAUUCAGUGCAAUUUCUUGUUAUGAUCUGUCUUUUUUUUUUUUUUUUUUUUUUCUCUGGAGAUUUUAAUGUGAAACAGCACUACACUACACUACACACAGGCCUUUUGGGUCCCUGUCUGAGCAUCACCUUGUGACUCGGAUGGUUGUCGUCUACAAUGACCACUACUAAUGAUCAUGUAAUUGUAGUGCUGAAAGCUGAGACUUACUUGAAAGUGUUCUUCAAUAAAGUUGAAGAUGAGAGAAAACA